UAUUGUAUUGAAUUUUAUUUCAUUGCAAUAAUCAUACAGAUUGAUUAUUGGCUUAUUGUAAAACCAAUUGUUGAUAAUUGCACAGAUCAAUUAUCAUCAAAAUAAUCGUACUGUUCGAUUAUCUCAGAGGUAUUGAGUAUUGCUAUUAUUGAUUUAUUAUAGUCCAGUGAAUCGAUUAAUUGAGCGAUAUGCCUGACAACGAAAAUGCCCCUGAACCAAUCCCUGAACCUUUUCCCGAAAUUGAACCAUAUAAAUUGUCGGAAAUAUUUUCGAUCGUCCCUGAAUUUGAAGGAGACCAAAUAUUUCUAACAACCUUUACAAAUGCUUGCGAUUGUGCAUACCAAAUGUCAACUCGCGACCAAAGAAAUCUUUUGACGAUACACAUUAAAAACAAACUUCGCGGAAGAGCUGCCCAACUGAUAAGCUCUCGAAACCCCGAAACAUAUCAAGAGAUCAGACACCUACUGAAUUUAAACUUUGGUGAUACCCGAGAUCUCACCUCCUUAAUCCAAGACCUGCAAAGACUUAAACAGCUACCAAAUGAAACCGCGUUGAUAUUUUUCAACAGAUUACAAGUACAUAACGCCAAAAUGCACGCUUGUAUUCAAAAAUCUACUCUCACUGCCGAUCAAAAAACAGCUCAAUCGAGACUCAUCGAAACGAUGACACUGAAUUCACUAUUUACCGGACUUGAACCCAGACUAGGACAAAUCAUACGCGCUGGAAACCCCAGAGACAUGCUCGAAGCACAUAUGCGAAUCAGGAGGGAACUCCAACUUUCGUAUUUCGAAAACCAAAAGCAUAACAAACAUAACCAACAGAAAAACAACAUUUCCAAAAGACCCCAACAACCUCAGUCUUCUAGAACGUGUAACUUUUGUGGACGCUUUGGUCAUUUGUCGAACGAAUGCCGCCAAAGACAACGACCACCACCAAAUAACACAAAUUCCUUUCAAAAUACGAACUUUCCGAAACCAAAUUUUCCCCAACAAAACCGUCCUCAAACGAAUUUUCAAACCAAUCAACAAAGACCACAGUUUCAAAACAAUCAACAAAGACCGCGAUUCCAAAAUACCCCACCUAGGCCAAAUUUCCAAAACCAAAACCAGAAUCGUCCCUCAGUAAUUCAACGCAACCCCAACUCAAAUCAACAAAGAACACAUUGCGUUACAUAUGAAGAAUCUCAACCUCUUCAAGAUUAUAACACAGAGUAUGAGAACUACUAUACAGCUAGUAGCCAAGAAAAUGACUAUUAUACCGAUAAUGGUCAAUGCCCGCAAGAAUAUGAUCAAUACGAUCAAUAUGACCAAAAUGACCAACACGACCAAUAUAUAAACAAUCCAAAUAUCUCAGAAUACCAGGAUUUUCUUUCACUUCCAACACAACAUCACCCUCCAGAUUUCAGUCAAUCCCAAGGCAUGACAUCGGACAUUCAAACUCAAAUCCAAUCGAUGAACCUAGAAGAUUAUCACCCCGAUCUGAACUUCCCGGAACAACGCUUCAUGUAAGUUCACUUCACUCCAUGAAUUCAAAAAACUUAUACUACAUCAAAGACCUUUCAAAUACCUUCAAAAUUUUAAUAGAUACUGGUGCAGGAAUUUCGAUAUUCAAACCAAGAACUUGUGAAAAAUACCUUCACCGAUUCCCAGAAAAUGUAAUAGUCCAGGGAAUCACGGACCAAAAAGUUUUAAUCACUGAAUCGACUCUGAUCAAUUUCAAAGAUAAUGAUCCCCACAAAGUCUAUGUUCACAACCUUGAUAUUGAAUUCGAUGGUUU